AUGUCCCUAUGGGUUGACAAGUACCGCCCCAGAACCCUCGAUGAUCUUCAUUACCAUCAUGACUUGACAGCCCGACUCAAGUCUCUAGCUGCGUCAGGAGACUUCCCGCACAUGCUAUUCUAUGGGCCGUCCGGCGCUGGGAAGAAGACUCGGAUAGCGUGUACACUUCGACAGUUGUUUGGGCCUGGAGUGGAAAAGCUUAGGAUCGAUCAAAGAGUGUUCCUCACCCCGUCAAAGCGGAAGCUAGACCUGAAUGUGGUUCAGAGUAAUUUUCACAUAGAGAUCACGCCAAGGCUCGUCUUGCACAGUCGCACUUAUCUUCCUCGAAGCUCAUGCAUAUAUACUGUGAACAGCGAAGUCGGCAUGUACGAUAGAGUGGUCAUUCAAGAGAUCCUCAAGGAGAUCGCCCAAACGCAGCAAGUGGACUUGAACGCCAAACAAAGAUUCAAGGUUGUGAUCAUCAACGACGCGGAUACACUAUCGAGAGACGCCCAAGCAGCUCUACGUCGCACCAUGGAAAAGUACAUGAACAACAUGCGAAUAAUUCUCUGCGCAAACAGCACGAGCAAACUGAUCGCACCCAUCAAAAGUCGAUGCUUGUUGGUUAGGGUUGCAGCGCCGAGCAGUGAAGAGAUGCACAAUGCCCUGGAGUACGUAGCGAAGCGGGAGAAAUUCGACCUUCCUCCAGAGGCAUCGCAACAAAUCGUGGAGGAUUCAAAUGGUAACCUGCGGAAAGCAAUUCUAGUGCUUGAGGCACUGAAGAUGCAGUCGCCUGACCUCUCAGGACCACUGAGCAUUGCGAAGCCUGAUUGGGAAACGUAUUGCCACAAGGUUGCCGAUAUGAUAAUCCAGGAACAGUCGCCGCAGCGCGUCAUGGAUGUGCGAGCAAAACUCUACGAGCUUCUGAGUCACUGCAUCCCUGCCACCGUUAUACUCAAGACGGUAGCGGAACGCGUGGUGGAUAAGGUGGAUGAGAGUAUAAAGGCAGAUAUCAUGCAUUGGGCUGCUAUAUACGAGGUGCGCAUGAGACAAGGGAACAAAAAGAUAUUCCACCUGGAAGCAUGGGUGGUCAAGGUGAUGAGCUUAUACAAGCACUCCUUCUACGGUAUCGAUUUGGAUGAUUUUGAGGAAUAA